AUGUCAGCCAAUGGGAGCUCAGAAACAGGUUGCAGGUCAGAGGUCAGACCAAGCAACAGCACCUGCAGCCAGAAGGAACUGUCUAUCACCGCCUCCGCCAUCUCCAUGACUGUGGGCAUCUUCUCCAACAGCCUCGCACUCUUCAUCCUCGUCAAAUCCUACAACCGCAUCCGGAUCAAGUCCAAGGCAUCCUUCCUGCUGUUUGCCAGCUGCCUGGUGGUCACCGACCUGCUGGGUCACCUCAUCAACGGCUCCCUGGUGAUCUUUGUCUACGGCUUCCACAAGAAAUGGGAGAUGUUUGACCCCCACCGCAUCAUGUGCAGCGUCUUCGGGGCGUGCAUGGUGUUCUUUGGCCUGAGCCCCUUGUUCCUGGGGAGCGCCAUGGCGGUGGAGCGCUGCAUUGGAGUCACCAGGCCCAUCUUCCACUCCACAGCGUUAGCAUCCCACCACAUGAAACGGCUGCUGGGACUCACCUGGCUGCUCGCUGCCCUGGUGGCUGUGCUGCCCGUGCUGCUGUGGAGGCCCUACAAGGUUCAGAGCUCCAAGAGCUGGUGCUUCUUCCAUAUGGAGGAGCCUAAAGACUGGCUGGAUGUGCUCCUCCCCCUGCUUUUCUCUAUGCUGGGGUUGAUGGCCCUGCUGCUCUCCAUUGUGUGCAAUGCAAUGACAAGCUGUGCUCUACUGCGGGCCAGACUGCGCCGUAAGCAUCACUGUCGAGGCACGUCCUACCACAUAGAGAUGAUCUGUCAGUUGCUGGGUAUCAUGUUGGUGUCCUGCGUGUGCUGGGGCCCAUUACUGAUCCGUGUCAUCGUGCUGAGCACCAGAGCCAAAGACGAGCCUGCGUCCUUCAGCCUCCUGAUGGUGGUGCGUAUGGCCACGUGGAACCAGAUCCUGGACCCUUGGGUCUACAUCCUGCUGAGGAAGGCUGUUCUGAGGAAGAUGUUCACGUUGCUCCACGACUUCUGGGGCCCAAAAUCUCACUACCUACAACGCUGGCAGCGCAGCCUGCUCCACAGCUCCAUGGAGACCAGCAACUCUGGCUUUGGUCCGACUGACUUCCGCCUCCUCGGUAGAUUACCAGACACUGCGAUUAAAUCCAUCACCUGA